CUUCUAACCGUUUCCCCCGCCCGCUCCUCUCUCUCUCUCGCGCGCGCGCACAGGCGCGGGCGCAUUCACGUGGCGAGAGCGAGUGUGUGUGUGAGCAACUUCCGGUCCACUCUCCCUCAUGGAGCGGCGCGAGCCGAGCUCCCUGCUGCGCAGUACGGUGUGCGCACUGGCAUUUGCCCCCUCCCUCAGUAAAAGGAGGCCAGACAGGCAGAGCGCAGGGCUUGCAAAGUGCUUCCCUCGCACUUCAUCACAGCCAUUGAGCUUUAGGAUUAUGGCUUCCGAGGAGCUGUAUGAGGUAGAGAGAAUUGUGGCCAAGAGGAAAAAUAAAAAGGGGCGAACAGAGUACUUGGUCCGAUGGAAAGGUUAUGACAGUGAUGAUGACACAUGGGAACCAGAACAUCAUCUGGUGAAUUGUGAGGAGUAUAUUCUGGAAUUUAACAGGCAGCACAGUGAUAAGCAGAAAGAUGGACCUUUUUCCAGAGCAAACAAACAUUCUCUAAACAAUGCUCGCAAACAAAUUUCCAGGUCGACCAACAGUUCUCUGUCAAAGUCUUCUCCCAGAUCACCAGGAAUUGGUAAAGACACUGACUCAAAAAACUCCAGCCAGUUCUUGCCAAGUCACCAGAAAUUCCGAAAAACCAGCUCUCAGACUUUCUCCAGUAGGAAGACAAUGGACCUUACUAAAUCAGGCAUCAAAAUCCUGGUUCCCAGAAGCCCUCUAAAGAAUAGGAUAGUGGUUGAUGGCUUUCAGGAUACCUCAUCAGAUAGAUUUGAUCAAAUGGCACAGAAUCCAGACUCUGUAGCACCAGACCUGGCUAUUGAAAAGCCAUUUGGGACUUUGCUUGUCCCUGGAACAGAGAGAGCGAGAAUGGGAACCAGGCCAAGAACGCAACCAUCGUCACCCCAGCUGCCACUGCCAGUCACAGGGGCCAUGGCUUCUGCAUUAUCAUUUAAUGGAAAAGGUACUCCUACUUUCUUGGAUGCUUUGGGGACUAAUGGCACAACGACUAUUCAAAGUUCAGCAACAGGAGUUACAGGAAACAAGAGGAAAUUUAUAGAUGAUAGACGGGACCAACCUUUUGAUAAGAGACUAAGGUUCAGUGUGAGACAAACUGAAAGUGCCUACCGAUACAGGGAUAUUGUUGUCAGGAAACAAGAUGGGUUUACACACAUUUUACUUUCUACUAAAUCAUCAGAAAAUAAUUCCUUAAAUCCAGAGGUUAUGAAGGAAAUGCAAAGUGCUCUGAACACUGCAGCAGCUGAUGACAGUAAAUUGGUUUUGCUGAGUGCUGUAGGAAGCGUCUUUUGUUGUGGUCUUGAUUUUAUUUAUUUCAUUCGACGAUUAACGGAUGAUCGAAAAAGAGAAAGUAUUAAGAUGACUGAGUCCAUCAGGAGUUUUGUCAAUACAUUUAUUCAGUUUAAGAAACCAAUCAUAGUAGCUGUGAAUGGUCCUGCAAUUGGUCUUGGAGCUUCCAUUUUACCCCUUUGUGAUGUGGUGUGGGCCAAUGAGAAAGCAUGGUUUCAGACUCCUUAUACUACUUUUGGACAGACUCCAGAUGGAUGCUCAUCAUUGACAUUUCCCAGAAUAAUGGGUUUAGCCUCAGCGAAUGAAAUGCUGUUCAGUGGACGAAAGUUGACUGCACAGGAAGCAUGUGCUAAAGGAUUGGUAUCACAGGUUUUCUGGCCUGGAACAUUCAGUCAGGAAGUUAUGGUCCGCAUUAAGGAACUAGUCGCAUGUAAUUCCCUUGUACUUGAAGAAUCCAAAGCUCUUGUCCGAAAUGCCAUGAAGGGCGAUUUGGAACAGACCAAUGAAAAUGAAUCUGAUGUUCUAAGGAAAAUUUGGAGUUCUUCUCAGGGGAUGGAUUCUAUGUUGAGGUACCUACAGAAGAAAAUUGAUGAGUUCUGAACACGUGUGUUGUCAUUGGAAAAUUCUUUCCUGCUGGGUUGCCCUGUUGGCUUCCAAAUGCCCUCGUGUUUUAAAAAAAGAGGAACAGGAGAAACCAUCGAAAAACACAUUCUUGAGUGGCAUCUGCUCAGAAGCAAAGCCUGGAUGGUGGAAGCUGAAAAUUUCAUCUAGUGCUGUAUGUUCAUCAUUUAAAAUGUCAACAGGAGAGAAAGCUGCGAGAGGUUAAUGAUUGGCGUGCACUACCAAACUUUGCAAUUGUCUUUGCUUAUCCAGUAGCUUUUGUCCUUUACAGUUACUGCACUCUACUGUGCUUUCCAGAUCCAAAUGCAUUGUAUGGUGUGUUUGUGACGGGAAAGUUUCGAAAAACACUCAGCUUCAAAAAUGGGAGGAAAGAAAACGGGUACUAACCAGCCCGCUUCUCACUGCCAGAGAGUAAUGAGGCUGGUUUAAAUUAAAAUAUAAAUACUCACAAAAAUCCUAAAAAGGUCAUAGAUAUAUUGUUUUGGGGAAGAGGAUUACAAAUACCUCAACAACAAAAAAGAACAAAAGACAAAAGUGUGAUAUCUGACAGUGGAUCCAGUCUCUAACAUAAAUCCUUAAGACUAUACAUAUCCCUUCAAAGAGUCUGUGUGUACAUGUUAAAUGUGCUCAGGAGGUGUGUAUUAAAUGUUUGACCCAGUUCCAGAAUUUAUUAGUAUAUUAUCUAAUAAGCAUGAAGAAACCACUGGCUCCUUAAGAAAAACUCGCCUUGCAGUAUUAGUGAUUCUUUGUGAAUCUUAUAUAAGGAAACAACAUAAGUUAAGGAUUAGUUUUAGUGUUUUUUAAAGUGUAGGGUUUUUCCAUUUUUUUAAAUCAAAUACAAAUGUAUACUUCUGUUUCUGGGUGAAUAUAAAUUAUAGAAAGAGCUUGUGUUUCUUUGCCAGUUACAAUGUAUUACACCAAAAAUGCUUUAUGAAUUCAUAACUAUGGUUUUAGUACCACUUUAGAAACAUUUUCUUAAUUUAAUAAGUUUUUUUGAAAGAAAUUCCUUUUGGCACACUAUUCAAAUCAAAAAUUCUUUUAAAAAAAUCCUUAAAAAUAGGUAAUUCUUGUAUCUUUUUGUUUUAAUGUUACACUAUGCCAUGUUCUUAACGGUGCCCCAGAUAAAUAGUAUUGUGCAUUCCUUUUAGGAGUGGUAACUAAUUCCUGUUUGCAGAUAUCUCACUGGUUAUGGAUAUCUGCAUUUGCAAUCUUCUCUGAAUGUAUGAAUGGAAAUUAAAUCUUAUUUUUGUACAGUUUAUUUGUUUGUACUUAGAAAUGAUCACCUCCCUUCCUAGUGGAGAGCUGUACAUUGUGUAAAUCUGCCUUUACUUUGGAUUGGUACAGUAUUUUUGCAUCUGUGGGACCUACUUUUGUUCACUAGUUUAAACUAUAUUAUAAACUGUACAAUCUGUAAAGUUUUAUAGGUUAUUAAUUAAAAUGAGCUGUGAAAAGAUCUGGGUAAAAUAAAACUAAUAUUUCAUAUUCAAAAGUGCAUCAAAUUGUAAAGCUUAUUGUGCCAUUCUGUCCCUAUAUUCACAAUGUACAUAUGUAUUAUAGUUGUGAUAACCAACUUACUAACUUCAUUUAUGAAGAUUUUCUAAAUUGACAGGGAACAGAAAGGUUCAUGUUUUACACAUUCUAUAACAGCCUAGUUUUGGGAAAAUAAUCUACACAUUGUAAUUUCAGCAAAUAUGUGCCAAUCAUGGCACAUGGAUAUGGUGAGGUGUUAGAUUUUCAUCUUAAUCAUUCAGCAUCUUAUUGUCAAUAUAAUGUCUUCAUUUCAUCAAUGGUUUCAAUUUAAAGUUAUAUCAGGUAAAUAGAAAUGUAUAGAAAUAAAUAAUCCAUAAAAUUUGAAUUCUGAAA